AUGUCGGAGGCGGCCUUUGGGCAGCUGCCACUACUGGAUAGGGCGCCUCAUGUGGGGGAUGUGCUGGCGUACCGCCUCUUGGAGAUUGGGGCGGACUUGCAGCCAUCGGUGUCGGAAGUACGCUUUGGCAGGGUCAUAGGCGCAGAUACCGCCACGAAGGCCAUCCUCCUUCAGCCACACCCUGACGCUGCCGUGCAUCCAUUGACCUAUCGGCGUGCCAAGGCCCUUGCCCUGCGCCAGGCAGAAGCAGAGGCAAUCGACCUUGGCAGCGAAGAGGAGGAGGAGGAAGGUCGGUAUUGGCUGGCAUAG